CUCGCAGGGCACAAGGAAGAGACCAGCGAGGCAGGUAAAAUGUGGCCAGACAGGUCUGAUGGGAAUGCAGAGAGACAGAGAGAGCCAGAGAGAGAGGCUUGUUGGUUGCUGAGUGACUGACAAACCUUUCAGCCAGGUGUGUUAAGGAGCAGUAAGGCGUAAUUAAACAAUGACAUAGUUGUAUUUGAGUGUGGAACAGGUUUGCACCUGGUCAUUCUCUGACAGAGAGAGGAACCUCGGACCCUGUGGAAUCCCACCACCUCCACCACUUGACAGAGUGGAAUUUCCCUCCUCUUCCCUGGCUGGGGCCGGGGGCAGAUGGUCGCUCUGAGAGUUUGAGCAGAACUCAGGAAGGAGAGUGAGAGGAAGGGUGGGAGGGGGACAGACAGAGAGGGAGAGGAAGAGAGCCGAGGAGUGGACAGAAGAGUAGACAUGCUUCGCUACAGUUCAGGACGAACUGUUUCCACCACCACAACAGAGGACUCUCCAGAGUCUUCAAGUGAGAGGAGUAUCAGACGCCUCAGGUUAACUCUCCAUGCAGGAGAUGAUGGAAACAAGGAGCCCAAAACUGCAAACACAGAUGAAAAAGAAAAAGAUGCGAAAAAGAUGUGGAAGAAGAAAAAUGGGCUGAUCCAAAGAGAGAGGCCAGCUGGCAGGGAGUCACCUCAGCAGCACCUCAGAGACAUGACCAAUGGGGUGCCAGAGACCUUGCUGCAGCAUCAUGGGCCCAAAGUGUACGGAGUAGUGCGGAGGACAGGCUCGGACAGACAGCAGGAAGUGAUGGCGCGAGAGUGGACGGUCAAUCACCUUCAUGAUGAGAUGAAGUACAUCAGGGAGGUGAGAGAUUCUCUGGAGAAGGUGAGAGAGCGUAUGUAUGGGCAAUUUGGAGGAAUGCAGCAAUCAAUGCAGAAGCUUUCACAGGAAAUCAGGGCUGCCAAUUCACAUCGGAGGAGCCUGGAGUCAGAGGUGAAGGUCCGAACAGCAGCCAUGGAGAGCUUUGAUCAGAUGAACAGCUCCCUUAUAUCUGCUAACAUUGGCCUUCAGAAAUCCGUUCUAGAGAACUGUCAGAACAGAGUGGACAUGAGGGAGGAGGUGAAGAGUUUGCGCAGUACCUGUGAGAAAACACAAGAGAAACUCAGAGAUAAGGAGAGGGAGCUGGCUGCUGCCCAGGCUGAAAACCAGACUUUGAGACUCCAGGUGGAGUCUUCACAGGAGGCCCACAGUCAGGCGCUGCAGGAACUCUCAGCAACACUUCAGAGGGAGUAUGAAGAAAAGCUGCUGGAGGAGCAACUGAAACACAGGGAGGAGAUUGAAAACCUACAGGCUCAACUUGAUGAGUACAUCAGGCGGCUGGAGGAAGCAGAGAGGAAUAUGAGGAGUGCAGAGACCAAGAUAUCCGAGAGGGAUCAGAGGAUCAGUGAACUUGAGCGUCUACUAGACUGUAUGGGAAAAGAAAAGACUCAACUUCAAAGGAAACUGCAAGAAUGUGAACAGCAUCUACGCUUGAUGGAGUUGGAAGACAGAACUGAUUCAACUGUAGCCCAAAGGUCCAAAGUGCUGCAAAGUGAAGCUGUGGAUCUCCGCGAGAGAAUCAAACAUUUGAACGACAUGGUGUUCUGCCAGCAGAGGAAAGUCAAAGGAAUGAUCGAGGAGGUUGAAACACUUCGAGCUCAAGUUGCUCAGAAAGAUAUGUUCAUCUCAGAGCUUCUGGACAGAAUUGCAAUAGUGGAGUGUGAGAAUAAUGAAUUAGAAGACAAGCUGAAGUAUUUUAUGUCUACACAGACUAAUAGGCCACGAGAGGUUUUGGAAACCAGGGAGAUAGGAGUGGGCUGCGAUCUGCUCCACAGAGGUGAAGCAAAAAGGCAUGAUGUUGAAACUCCUGUUCAGUGUGAAUCAUCUCAUCUCCGUCUCAUACAACAUCCACCACCUGUUCAACAUCCGUCUCCUGUACAACCUUUGUGCCCUGUACAACCUUCAUCACCCAUGCAACCUUCAUCACCCAUACAACCUCCAUGCCCAUUACAAUCUUCCUUCUCUACACAACCUCCAUCUCCCAUGCAACUUUCACCCCCCACAUCUCCCAUUCAACAUCCAUCUUUCUAUCGAACAACGCUGACACCAUCAAGGACUUUCAUAUCUAACAACCCUCCGCCCAGCAGGCUGGAAUCCAGUUUACUUCGAUACACUCCUGUUGAGUACAGCCGCUUCCUGCAGUCCCACCCGUCAGUACCCAGUGGAUCCUUCCCCUACAUCCGUCCAUCUGAAUCUGAACCUCCUGUGAGCAGCAGAGACGAGGCUAACGCUGAAACAAACUUGGACAUAAGCUCAAGUCCAGAAGAAUCCACUUCGCCACCGUCCAAUUCUCGAGCAAGAUCAAGACCAUCUCAAGUUUAUACACCGUUCAUGAAACUGAUGGAAGUAACAGCAAAGAUAAAUAUAGAAGGGCAGCAACACAUCUUCACUGAAGAGCUGCACUAUAUUGUCCUGAGCACUUUGGGGCGCUACAGCUGCACUGCCCGUCUAACAGUGAUGUCUUCGUCGUGGACAGAGCGCCAGGGACAGGUGGGAGACCUGAGACACCAGAGCCGAGAAGAGCUCCAAGAACUGCUGCUCCGACAGGACAAGAUCCUCUCCAACAAAAGAUUAUUACAGACUCUUCCUGACAAAGGGAAAAAGAUACGAGAAUUUGCAGAGAGGGUGCGCCUUGCCAUUGAACAUCACGAUGAAGAAGAGAAGAAACAACAUUUGGUGUCUGAUGCCAGGACAGAGCUACAGUCCAAGUACCAGCAGGCUUUCACUAUGCAACAACGUGCUGUCCAGAAUACUCCAGGCAGCACGGUACAGGAGAAGGAGACAUCACCUGUCUCAACUCAAGUGCAGAAAAACCACACUUUGGACCAGCAACAAGAGCAGUUUGUCUCCAGAGCAGCUGCUGUUGAAACCAUGGAGACGGUUGCUGCUGGGGCCUCUCUGAACUCGGAUGGGACAAUACAGGGUGACCUUGUGGAGGCCUUAGAAAGGGUCACACUGUCUGAAACUGCUAGGACUGGUGAGACCACAGACCCGUUAAAGAGUACAGCAAGAGACAGUGACACUCUCAGAAAGCAGGUGUCAAAAAAACCUCACUAUGUCACCGUCCUGGAAAAAUCAGAGAAGAUUUCAGCCUCUGGGAAGCAAAAAUUCAAACUAAAUGUGCUGCCCCACAGAAGUGACAACUCUCCUUCAGGAUCCUCGUCACCCAGCCAGUCUUCUGCGGGCUCAUCACCGCUUUCCGCACAGGCCAGGUUGGAGCGGGACAAAAAACAUCUGGAUGACAUCACUGCUGCAAGACUCCCUCCUCUCCACCAUAGCCCAGCUCAGCUUCUGUCUCUGCAAGAGUCGGCCAUCCUCCUAAAAGAGCAGACAAAGAAACAGCAGGAGUUGCAGGCCAAGCUGGCAGCCCAGAAUCUGUCUGAGGGAUUGAAGAUCUCUGUGGGAAGCUACACUCCUGACGGUGGCCCCAUGGCUGCCUACAGAGAGGUUCACGAUGAAGGAGCCCAGCUCUCCUCAGAGGAAGACUGAUCCUGGAAGGCCAGAGCUGGGGAAACCAGUGUGACCUUGGCCUCUUGGUUAAGCAGGCUUUGGACCUCAUGAUCAGGGCCCAUCAAACAGGAUUUUCACUCCAAGGACAGGAUUUCUUAAGAGUGGAAAAGGGUCUUUGCCUGGUGUGAAGGCGUAGUUGGAAUCCCAGACUCAGCUCAGGGAAUUGAAUGGCAGGUUGAAAAACUAGCUUUCUUAAUUGUCAGUCAGUUUGUUUCAGGUUCAGUUGUUUCUUGCAUGUUUGCUACCUGCAGUUGAGUUAACACUCUUGGAUGCUAAAUUUUAAAUUAGCAUCAUGAAGGAAAUGCUCCUUAUCCUAUACUGAAACUGAUGAUAUUGCAGCUUUCUUGGCCUGAGAGUAUUGUAUGUUGAAAUUCUUAUUUCAGUGUGUUAAUAAUAAAAUGCACUUAAAACUCAUCAGCCGGUGGGUUAGACUGUUUUGGCACAAUGGCGACUGUUCACAGCUUUGUCUAAAGAAUAGACAUGAACCAGCAGACAUCUAAAUAUUACAUGAUGUACAACAGAACUGAAUAAAUGCAUCUGAUUUCUCAAA